AUGUCCUCCGAAGGCAUCGACCACAAAAUGGAACACGUCGAAAGCCACUCCAAUGGCGCUCCUCUUAGCCGCCAGGUCACCGUCACCAUGUCGCCCGAGCAGUACGAGCGCAUGUUCUUCCAGCCCAACAAACCAGCUGCUGGCGAUUUCGCCAAACGAUUCGGUAAUCCAACGCUUCUCGGCUUGAUCUCUUUCCUCGUCCCAUACACGUCGACCAUCUUCAUCCUCAUCGGCUGGGGCGGAGCGACUCCUCCAACCAGCCUUGUCGGGCUCAGCGGUGACUACUACUUCCUAGGCUCGAUUGGGAUGGUAUUGGCUGGUAUUGCGGAGUUUAUACUUGGGAACACGUACCCGUUUGCGGUGUUCAUCAUCUACGGGGUCCACUGGGGGUCUCUUGCGUACACCCAGGACCCUAUCCAUAGGACGACGGAGCCUUUCGGAGAAGGCGGUGCGGAGGGAGCGCCGUAUAAUAGCUCGCAGGGGUUCCAUAAUGUUACAAUGUGUCUCGUCAGCUUCAUCCUCCUGGUCGGCACGCUGCGCAUCAAUGUUCCGUUCGUGCUGGUCUUCAUCGGUCUGGUUUUCCUGUUUGCUUUCAUUGCCGCUGCAGACUUCGCAGUGCCAAACGCAAGCACGCCAGCCGACCUCGAGCACAUCGGUACGUUGCUCAGAGUUGGAGGAGGCUUCGGCAUGCUCGGCGUGAUUUGCGGAUGGUACCUCGCUCUCCUGACGGUCAUGGAGGCUGUGGGUCUGCCUAAUAUCUUGCCUGUCUUCGAUCUUAGUACUCGGGUGUUCCCUAAGGACAAGGACAUCUCGAAGCAGGCUUGA